UCAAUCAUCUAAAAAAAAAAUAAUGCAUUUACCAAAAGACGCAUGUAUCCCUUUCCUUUUGCAAAGCCUGAUCAAGGUUAGCAUCGCUUGGAAUCCAAGCAAAAAGUGGCAACUAUCUGUGUCUUCCUAGCCAGAUGGAGAUGAAAAAACACUAGCUUACGCAGAACUUUUUUUGAUGCAAUGGCUGAAAGAAUAUUAUUCACUUUUUUAACUUACAUUAUUCCCUGCUAAAGAAAAACCACAAAGGCAUAAAAGCCAUGUACAAAGCCAGAUUUGGCCAUAAGAUUACAAGUAAGGUAAGAUUCUCGAAUAGCUCCGAGGAGAUGGGUAUAAUAUGCAAAAUUACUGUUGAGGGUAGGGGCGUUUCCGGUAAUUAACUGCCACACACUUCUCCAUCACCGGCAUCACCAGAAGAAGCAGCACCUACUCCCACAAUUUUCGCCUCCGCUUCUAUCCCUUGUCAAUGUGCUCCCAUUUUUCAACUAUUUUCUUCUUCACAUAUAAUGUAUGCUUUUUUCUUUAUCACAACUCAACAGUCUUUGACCUACCUCCCUCUCUUUUCUUUUCUCAAGUGAAACUUCUCGAUCUCAGAUAGCUGAGUAGCUAAGAGCUCAGUCAGAUGGAGAGACAGAGAAGUUUCUUCUUCAAAUCUACAAAAUUCCUGGUCUUCUCUUUCACACUCUCAUCUUCUAUAAUCUUCCUCGCAUUUUUUACCGUCUGCCUAUUCAAAUCCAGCACUUUGAUCCUCCAAGAUGCAAGUUUUCGGUUCAAUACAACCUCCCUUGUGGGUGUCACACCCAUUUCUGUGCAGACUCUCUCUGGCUUGCCUAAUAAUUUCUCGGCCAGUGGAUUGACAAAUACAAUUUUCACACAUGCCCAUUUCUCUGUAUCUGAUAAUACUUCUGGAUUUGCUAUCAUUUCAGUUGCGGCGGACAAUGACGAAUCUAAAGAGCUAAAAGCCGAAGUCGACGGAGACAAAGACCGUGUAAAUGGUAAUUUUAGUACAGUACAAGAGACUGUACUAGCAGGGCAAUCUUCAUCUGAGAAAUUGCUAGUCGCAGAAAGUAGUGAAAAGGUUUAUGAUGAGAAGAUUAAAGGAAUUUCAAGAGGAAAAACUGAAGUUUCCAGCAGUGGUGAGAUUGCAGAGGAGAAUGAAGUAACUUCAAUUGGAAAAAUUGAAGCCCCAAGGGCAGAGGGGACUGGAGGCAAGAGAGCGAUAGCAACUUCAGUUGAGAAUAUUGAAGCUCCAAGGAAGGGGCGCAUCGAAGAGAAGAAAAUUAGAUUAACUUCAGUUGAUAAAAUUGAAGCUUCAAGCAAAGGCCGGAUUAAAGAGAGAAACACAAGGGGAUGUGACGUUACAAAAGGCCGGUGGGUCUAUGAUGAAAGCUAUCCUUUAUACACGAAUAAUUCAUGUCCUUUCAUAGAUGAAGGGUUCGAUUGUUUGGGAAAUGGGAGACUGGAUAAAGAUUACAUGAAGUGGCGAUGGCAACCUCAAGACUGUGACAUCCCAAGGUUUAAUGCAACCAAAAUGUUGGAACUAAUCAGAGGGAAAAGGCUGGUUUUUGUUGGAGACUCGAUUAAUAGGAAUCAGUGGGAGUCCAUGCUUUGUAUGUUAAUGGGAGCUGUUAGAGAUCCUAAGAUGGUGUAUGAGACCCAUGGAAGGAGAAUCACCAAGGAGAAAGGGAAUUAUUGCUUCAAAUUUGUGGAUUACAAAUGUACCGUUGAAUACUAUGUAUCACAUUUUUUGGUUCAUGAGAGCAAAGCAAGAGUAGGGCAGAAGCGUGUGCAGACUUUGCGAAUUGACGCCAUUGAUCAUGGAUCAUCAAGAUGGAGAGGAGCUGAUAUUCUGAUCUUCAACACUGCCCAUUGGUGGUCUCAUUUCAAAACAAAAGCUGGGAUCAACUACUAUCAGGAAGGGAACCAAGUUUAUCCCAAGCUCGAUGUUUCCACAGCUUUCAGAAGAGCUUUGACGACGUGGGCAUCAUGGGUUGAUAAACAUAUCAAUUCUAGAAAGACCCGAGUUUUCUUUAGAAGUUCAGCACCUUCCCAUUUCAGGGGUGGCCAAUGGAAUUCAGGUGGGCAUUGCGAGGAGGCUACAAGGCCCUUAAACGAAACCUUUUGCGUACACGCUUUUGAGAAGAAUAAUAUCACAGAAGAUAUCAUCAAGCAUAUGAGAACUCCGGUUACUUUCUUGAACAUUACUGGUUUAUCAGAAUUUCGCAUAGAUGGCCAUCCAUCCAAAUAUGGGAAAAAACCUGUAAAACGCUAUGCUUCAGGUGGUCAAGAUUGCAGCCACUGGUGUCUUCCUGGCAUUCCUGAUACAUGGAAUCAACUGUUGUAUUUUCACUUGCUAUACAAACAGGGUGACAGUUUUCAGUAGGAUUAGAUUCAGCUUGUUAGCUCUGUAUAUUCUUUUAAUCAUUUCUGCCUCUCAAUCUUGAAGGUGGUAAAGCAAAUGCAAAGUUUCCGCAUUCACGGAUCAUGUUUUCUACAA